GCGGGUGGCCCGGGGCUCGCACGGGCAGCCCGGCCCGGCGGGUUCAGUGUUCUCGUCCCUCGGCCCCUCCAUCCCCCGCCUGGCAGGGGACGCGCAGAGAAAUAUAAUGCUCGGUAACGCGCACUGACGCUGUCCAUAGGCGAGGCGUCGGCAUAGAGGCGUGCUAAUCAUGGAGGGAGAUGAAGAGGAGGACUAUAUGUCUGAUUUAUUUAUUAAACAGGAUGUCAGGCCAGGCUUGCCCAUGGUGAGGCGGGUGAAGGAAGCUAUUCAGAAAGAAGAAAAGCAAAAGGAAGCCAAUGAGAAGAACAGACAAAAAAGCAUAAAAGAAGAAGAAAAAGAGAGACGUGACUUGGUACUGAAAAGUGCAUUGGGCAAUGAGAACAAAGGCUUUGCUUUGCUCCAGAAGAUGGGCUACAAGAGUGGCCAGGCCCUUGGCAAAAGUGGAGAGGGCAUUGUUGAACCUAUUCCUCUGAACAUAAAAACAGGCAGAAGUGGGCUUGGUCAUGAGGAACUAAAAAAGCGAAAAGCUGAAGAAAAACUGGAAAACUAUAGACAAAAGCUCCAUAUGAAAAAACAAGCAAAUGAACAAGCUGCAGAUCAGUUCAGAGUAAGAUUCAAAACCAAACAAGAAGAACGUAAGAUGGAAGGAGACCUGCGAAAAAGCCAGAGGGCCUGCCAGCAAUUAGAUACGCAAAAAACUCUGAAGAUUUAUCUUCAAACUGUCCUGGAGACAGUGCUGCAGAUCAUGACUAAAGCCAGUCUAAAGGAAGGAGCCCUAGAUAAGUAUGUAUAAUUCAUAGUAUCUUUUAAAAGGCUCAGAGCUGUGCCAUUCUCAAGAAUUCAUACCAAAGUAUGCAGAAAAAGAGUUUAAGUUGACAGGUUAAAUUCAUAUUUUCUGUUUGAUGCACAAUUUAAUAGAAAUUAAAAGUUGGUGUUUGUAACUGAACUAACAUAACUGAGACAUAGGUUAAGUCUUUCACAUCUUUGUUUUUUACUGCCCAACUGGUAAUAAAAUUCAAGUAUGAGUGAAGGCAUAAAUAUUGGCUAAUCACUUUAUUGCAUAAUGUAUUAAACAGGGUUUUUUUUCAUCUUUACAGAGAUACCUAAAUACCAGCCUGGUUUUGCUUACUCUCUUAAACUUGGUGGGGGAAAAAAAAGCUUGUGAAACAUGACAGUGACAUAUAUAUACUAUUACGUAUAUAUUAUAUUCCGUUGUAUAUAAAGGUGCAUAUUUUCCGUAAUUAGAUCAUGAUGGUGGAUUUUCAUUUUUUUACAUAAAAAUACAUUUUAAUAGACCUAUUACCAUUUAUAAAAAGUUAAUGCUGACAUAUAAAAAUACUAUGCAGGAAAAAUAUAUCAAAAACUACUGGGACAAACUCAGUAUUACUUAACAGCAAGAAAGUAAUGAUACUACUUUGGUCUGUCCAAAAACUGUAAAGGAAAUGCAGCCAAGAGAUUGUCACAUAUCAAUUUUCCUAUUAUUAAUAGUUUCAUAGAAUUGUUUAGGUUAGAACAGACCUUAAAGAUCAUCAAGUCCAACUAUAUGUCAAUUUUAUCCCAACAGACUAAAGAGAAGAAAAAGAAGAAAUAGUACUAUUUUGUCUGUAAGGAUAUGUAGUUUCUUACAGAUCUUGACCACUGCAAAGAAAUACUAAUUAGUCUAGAGUAGUGAAAUAUUUUAUGAAUUCCAGUCAAGGAUAAGGUUAGAAAAGCCCUGAUGGAAUUCAGUCUGACCAGGGAUGUCAAGAAGAUCAGAUUCAAAAAAAUCUAAAGAACCUAGAGGUGCACUACUCCAUGGGACCUGCUGCCAUGCAUCCACUGGUCCUGAGGGAACUGGCAAAUGAAAUUGCCUGAGUUGGCCUUGUUCAGCCUGGAGAAGAGGAGGCUCCAGGGAGACCUUGGAACAGCCUUUCAGUACCUAAAGGGGGCUGCAAAGAGAGCUGGAGGGAGACUUUUUCCCAAGGGCAUGUAGUAACAGGACAAGGGGAAAUGGCUUUGAAGUGAAAGGUUGAGAUUAGAUAUUAGGAAGAAAUUCUUUAUGGUGA